AUGCCGAACAUUGCUCUUUUGACUAGCAUCGUGUGUCUCACGAUUAUUCAUUUACGAAUAGCUUCUGUUGCAGGAUGUUGGUCUGCAAAUGCUUGUAUAGAUCGAAAUGUUUGUAUUUCUAAGGGUGGAACACCACAAACGGGUCUCUGCCCUGGUGCUGCUAAUAUUCAGUGUUGUACCUGUACAACAUGUAAGGAUGCGGCUGCGUGUUCGGCUAGUAGUGGAACACCUCAUGCAGGUAUUUGUGCAGGAGCUGCCAAUAUACAAUGUUGCAAGGGAGGAUCUACGUCACCUGGUACAGGUCCGAGUAAACCAACCAAUACAAUGCUCACAGGUUUAGCUGACAUCCUUCGUGGUGCUGGUCUCAAUGUGGUAGAAGUUGCUGGUUGGAAGACUCGUGGCCACGGUGUCAUGGCAUCGGUCAAAGGUAUUGUCGUUCAUCAUACGGCUGGUCCAAAGACAGGUGAUUAUCCAUCGCUCGGAGUUGUUCGUGAUGGUACCUCAAGCCUUGCUGGCCCACUUGCACAACUCGGACUUGGUCGUUCAGGAACUUGGUUUGUUAUUGCAGCUGGUCGUUGCUAUCACGCAGGUAGUACGAUUGAUGACUCAAUCUAUGGGAAUUCGAACGCAAUUGGUAUCGAAGCAGAAGGUGCUGGCUUGCCAGCUACUGACAGUGGGCAUGCACACUGGCCUGAAGUGCAAUACCAGAGCUAUGUCAAAGGUGUUAAAGCUCUACAGAAAGCAUACGGUGUGGCAUCUACUCGCGUCUUAGGACACAAAGAAGCAGCAGUACCUAAAGGUCGUAAAAUUGAUCCCAACUUCUCUAUGGCUGAAUUUCGUACUAAACUUGGUUAA